CGCUACCACUUCCCAUCGUAUUGGUGGUUAGAUAUAUCCACGCGGUAUGUAGUGUCAAUGGAACACAUAUUACACAGUCGCCUCCUAAUAUUGUUGACGGAUGUACUUUGGAUAUAAGUUGAUGGUAGAUCCUGCAGUUGUUUAGUGUGAUUGGUGAAGUGUCAAUGUUUCUGUGUUGUUUUACUUCGUCACCAUCGCACCUGGUAUGAAGAAUUCGAGUGGAUUUUCAUCUAUAAGGAAAUUGACACUUGUCUGUUUCAUCUGGUCCUGCGUUGUGCAAGUCAGGGCUCAUGAUGUUCUUAGAUCGGAAAGAACUUCAACGGGAACUGGUCCUCUUGACCAAAAACGAUCUAAAUCAGACGAGGGGAGUAUUGUUUUUGACUGUGAGGAGCUGGACACGCCGUGUUUGAAGGACAAGUAUGGGUUCGAUGCUAUCAAGGCGCUUCACCAUCUGCUGGACGAUGAUCAGAAUGGGAACGUGGACCAGUCAGAGAGUGAUGAGUUCCUGCGGGAUGAGCUUCAGUACACUGAUGGGUUUGAACGUCAAAAGACCUUCCAUGGCAAUGACAAGCUGAUCAGUAUUGAAGAUCUAUGGAGGGGCUGGAAGGGAUCUGAAGUGUACAACUGGACAAACGACGAUGUCCUGGAGUGGCUGGAGUGUCAUGUUGAGCUGCCGCAGUACAUCGAGAUCUUCCACACGAAACUGGUCGAUGGCACCAGUCUUCCCAGACUAGCUUACAGCAACAGCAACUUCUAUACAACAACCCUUGGAAUAAAAAAUGCUGUUCACAAACAGAAGAUGUCCGUGAAAGCUAUGGAUGCUGUGCUGUUCGGGGCCCCAAAGAAAGCCCACAGCUAUGUGAAGGACAUCGCUCUGGUGGCAUCCCUGAUCAUUGCACUAGGUGGGUGUUGGUUUGCCUACAUCCAUCACCACUACUCCCAGAACCACGUGAAGAAGAUGAUGAAGGACCUGGAGUGUCUGCAGAAAGCUGAGGAGGCCCUACAGGAACUGCAGGAAAAACUUGAAAUGGCAGAGGAAAAACAGAACAGUGUCUCCAUAGAGAAAAAACAGAACAGUGUCUCCAUAGAGAAACAGAAUCUGGAGGCCAAGUACAAGGACGAGAUUGAUGCAGCAAAGAAAGAGGCUGAGAGGUUGAAGGAGGCCCGGCAAGGAAACAACAUGGAGGAGAGCCUAAAGCUAGCGGAGGCAGAGCUUGCACAAGUUCGGGCAGCUCUUCGUCGCACAGAGAAGGAACUGGAGCUGCAAGAGCACUGGUCCGUUCCAUCUGAGCUGCAGGCCUGGUUGCAGCUCACGCAUGAGUUGGAGCAGGUACACUACACAGCGAAACGAUCUGCAGCUGAGAAGCAGCUCUCUGUGGCCAAGGAAGGGUGUGAUAAAAUCCGAAAGAGGAAUAAGGCGUUUCUGGGGUCACUACGGAUGGCCCAUGGAAACUCUCUGGAUGACAUUGACCAAAGAAUCCUUACUGCCAGACAAGCCUUUGAGGAGGUGAAGCAGGACCUACAAGAGCGUCUGCACCGCUGGCAGACCAUUGAGGAGCUGUGUGGUUUCAUCAUCAUGAGUAACCCUGGCCUGCCCACACUUCGACAGAUACUGCAGAAAGACCCAGGCCAAGGAGGUCGUGUGGGGUCGUCCAUCCUGGGCCCGGUCGGCGUGGAGGAAGCUGAUGAAGACCUGCCUCCAGCCUACCCUACUGUUGUACAUUCCACAGUAUCUAAUGGUACGAGCCGUCCACGUGCCUUGUCAGUUCAAGUGGAGCACAUGUCCUAUAACCCGUCUUUCAGCUCCCUGAAGAGCAGCUCCAUGAAAGCUCCCUAUUCUAGGACGUAUAACCCUGCCUCCCAAACCAAAGCGAGUGUUACUCGGCUACGGACUACUGCAAGUUCGGGCAGCACUGGUUCCUUGAGUCGGGUUGGACUCAGUAACGGUAGCUCCAGACAGUCAGACAGUCCAAGUCCCUCAGACCAUGGGUCUGUCGGCCCGGUCUCAUUCCACCUCGGAGAGAAGACAUUUUUUCACAGUGACUACCCAAAUGGAGAAACCAUGUCCGCCGCUAGGUCGAGAUGGCAACUGUCUUUACGACUUCUUGCUGCGAGAAAAAACUCCCAGCACCACCUCCAUCCUCACCAUCCGCAGCCUCAUCUUCAUCUUCUUCAUCACGGAGGACUCAACGGACAUCACCUAGCAAGUAGCCCCAUAUCAGAGUCUCCCACGGGAUCAGUGUCGGAGCAGAUCAACUCACUAACUCGAUCGUUUGAAGAGCGAGCGUACACAUCGAAUAUCCCUCACUCACAUUCAUAUCACAUUUCCCCCUACGAGUCAGAAUCAAACAUCAGCGGCAUGACUCAGAGCUUGUCCACGUCGGCUUUAAAGAAGAUGGCCAUCAAUUCUGAUGAGUCCUCACGUGAGUCGUCUGAAGACAAGGAUGUUGUUACCGGGGACUGUGAUAAAAAGAAGAGGAAGAAGACAUCUUUCUUCAAGAUGUUGCGGAAAGGAGGAAAUAAAACAAAAGCUUCUUAGCAGAUACUCACUGCAUUUAUUGUCCGGGGUACUUUCUUUCGGACUAUCUGACUUUCAUUCCCAGUGUACCCUGUUUUGUUUGUUUGGUGUUUUUUCUUCCGAUUUACAUAAAGUGAAAG